GUGACGCAUGAUUCGACUCUCCACGCCCGAACUUGUUUGUUUUGAUUCUUGCUCGCCUCGGAAAUCAACGCCACGUCUCUGCUGAAGAACAAGUGGUGCGUGACUCAGUCACGCGUGUCGUCUCAGCAACAUGGCGGACGCACCACGGGCGGAAGCCGAGCUGCCGCCGACUCUCAUGUUCCCUCCGCUCAUCACCGUCUCUGACCUGCCCACCCCCACCGCAGCAGGACAUAACUUGAAGGAGUGGCUGCAGGACCAGUUCUCCGACAAACCUCUGGAGCAGGAUGACAUUCGGCUGCACAAUGCAGCGUACGUGGGAGAUCUGGAGACGCUGAGGAGCCUGCUGGAGGAAGACGACUUCAGGCAUCGCAUCGAUGAGAAGUCCGUGUGGUGCUGCGGCUGCCUGCCCUGCACGCCGCUGCGGAUCGCUGCCACUGCCGGACACGCGGCCUGUGUGGCCUACCUGAUCGCCCAGGGGGCUCAGGUGGACAUGGUGGACGUCAAAGGUCAGACAGCUCUCUAUGUCGCUGUCGUCAACGGGCACUUGGAUUGCGUUCGGAUUCUCCUUGAGGCCGGCGCCAACCCCAACGGGAGCCGGCACCACCGGAGCACGCCACUGUACCACGCUGCACGGGUUGGACGGCUGGACAUCCUGCAGGAGCUCAUCAGGUUCAGUGCUGAUGUGGACAUGGAUCAUCAGUUGGGUCCCAGAAUCCUCUUCAGCGCGCGGACACUCAACACUCUGGUGGUGUGUCCGCUCUACAUCAGCGCUGCCUACCACCACCUCCACUGCUUCCAGGCUCUGCUGCAGGCUGGUGCUCAGCCGGACUUUAACUACACUGGACCCGUUUGCCACGAGGCUCUGACGCGCGGCUUGGCCUCCUGCCUGCUGGACGCCGUCCUGAGGCACGGAUGUGAGGUGGCCUUCGUCCACCUACUUCUGGACCACGGGGCCAACCCAGCAUUCGUCCACUGGGAUGAGUCGGAGCUGGAGACGUCAAACCGCAGCAAGGUGGAUCCGGAGGCACUCGCUGUGUUCUUGGAAGCAAAAAAACGCCCGCACAGGCUGACCCACUUGUGUCGAAUCAAGAUCCGCAGAGUGAUGGGGAAGAAGCGUCUGAACCACAUAUCCUCACUGCCGCUCCCAGUGCCCAUCAAGAACUUCCUGCUCCACCACAACUAGGCCGCACCUUCUUCUUCAUCCCGUCCGCAGCACCCAUCACCGGACUGAAUGUUUUGUGAAUAAAUAACUUAUUAUUUUCUUAUAGUAAAGGCACAUCUUGGUAUUCAGGGUGAGCUACACGGCAGAGCGCAAACAUCUGUAAAUAGCCAACUUUUACAAACAAGACAGUCAUUUCUGUUGUGAAAGUGCAUAGAUGAGUAACUGCUGAUUCUGUUUGGCCACAUUGAAGCUUUAUUUAUGACCUCAAAGUAAAAAUGCUGUUCCCUCAGUGGAUUUUUGUCUCUCAUGGACUUCAUCCCCGCAGAGAGCUCUGACUCGCACUUGUGGUUUCCCCGCUCUGCUCACCAUCUCUCUAAGUGCAUGUGACAGAAUUAUUCUUUCUCUCUCCCUCGCAACUCCUUCCAAGUCCUGCUCAACGUCCAAACUGGAGAGGAAAUCUCUGAAGUUCGGUCAAAUGCAGUGCAAGAGAAAUCACCUCUGUCAGUGUUGGAGAUACAUGAAGUCCAAAUGAGCAGCAUGUGAUGUUCCACUUCUUCAGGACUCAAUCUGAUCAAAGUGGCUCUGAAGUGAUGGUCUUUUUGUCUGAUGGCUUGAAUUCUGCUUUUCGUUCCCUCUGAAGAGGAUGGAUUUCUGAGGACCAGGUUUUGCUGCUUACUUGUUGUCCUCCAGGUGUGAGAAUAGCUCCACAACUUCAGGGCAGGUUGGAAGUGAAGUUAUUGAAGAAAUAUUAGAAAUAAUGUGAAUAAAUGAUAAUUUAGUCAUAUUCUCGAUAUC